GUAGGUAUAUGUAAAGAAAAUGAGACAAAAAUUAAAUAAAAGCCUUGAUCAACAAGUUUGGCACAUAUUACAUACAUACAUAUAAAUCACGUCUAUAUCCUUUGCGCGGUAGACAGAGCCAACAGUCUUGGAAAUACUAAUAGGUCACGUUCAGCUGUUUGGCUAAGUGGUAGAAUUGAGAUUCAAAUAGUGACAGGUUGGUAGCCCAUCGCCUAAGAGUCCCAAGUUUACAAGCCUCAAUAAUAAUAUUGGCUCUGUCUACCCCGCAAGGAAUAUAGACGGGAUUAUAAACAUGUAUAGUUUACAAAUGUUUACAUUUGUUACUGAAUUAAAUUUUAUUUAUGCUUUUUAUGAGUUUCUUUUUGUAAAAGUGUACUUUUGUUGUACUUUUUCCUACUCCCACUAUUUCUAUAAGGUCCGUUGGUAAAUUGGUACAAUUUCUUUUACCAUUUUGUGCAAAAAGAAAUUAAUGAAUUAAGAAAGUACAAAAUCACAUAAAUUAACAAAUAUUUAAUACCGUUGGUGUGUUAAAUUGAAAAAUAUGCGAAAUGGCGCGAACAAUUCAACGCGGUGACAAUUAACAUCACACAUUAUCACAUAAAUAAACAAGAACGGCUACAAUGGGAUAAUAAAACACUAUAUUAACUUACCGAUUAUUUUUACAUAUCUGUGAAAGUGUCCGAUGUCCAAGAUCCACAUUGUUUUCACCGAAGACGAAUUGAACGGGUGUCAUUAAAUUCAUAAUUCUCUUCUGGCUCGAAGGCCGUGAGUUAGGAGGAUCCAGGGAGAGAGGUGCGGACGGCUGCUGGUAUAAAAGCCAAUGGUCGUCGAAGUCAGGCAUCAUACAACCUCGAGACCUCCGUGAGACAACAUGAAAGCGUUUGUGGUAUUAGCAGCCGUUGCGGCGCUCGGCUCGGCCAGACCCGAGGCGGGAUACAGUUACAACGCUCCCAGCGGGGGCGGCGGCCACGGGGGACUCGGCGGACUCGGCGGAGGCCUGGGAGGCGGCCACGGAGGCGGCCUCGGAGGAGGACUAGGCGGAGGUCACGGAGGCUUCUCAUCUGGUGGACUCAGCUCCAGCAGCUUCGGAGGCGGAUUCUCGUCCGGCGGUGGUGGCUUCUCAUCAGGCGGCGGAUUCUCAUCAGGCGGCGGAUUCUCGUCCGGUGGCGGAUUCGGCGGCGGUUUCGGAGGCGGCUUCGGUGGCGGUGCCCCCAUCGUCCAGAAACACAUCUACGUCCACGUACCCCCACCAGAACCUGAAGAACAGCGCCCACAAGUGAUCGGAGGCGGCGGCGUGCCCCAGAAGCACUACAAGAUCAUCUUCAUCAAGGCCCCGGCUCCCCCCGCGCCGGUCGCGCCCGUCAUCCCCGCUCAAGCCCAAAACGAGGAGAAGACCCUCGUCUACGUGUUGGUCAAGAAACCCGACGAGCAGCCCGACAUCACCAUCCCCACUGCCGCGCCCACCCAGCCCUCCAAACCCGAGGUUUACUUCAUCAAAUACAAGACCCAGAAGGAAUCUGGUGGCGCUAUUGGUGGCGGUCUCGCUGGCGGCAUCGGCGGCGGCAUCAGCGGCGGCUCUCUGGGUGGCUCUCUGGGCGGCGGCAUCUCUGGCGGUAGCAUCGGCGGCGGCAUCUCUGGAGGCAGCAUUGGUGGCGGUCACGGCGCCGGCAUCGGCGGCGGCUCCUCUGGUCACGGGGGUGUCAGCUCCUCAUACGGACCCCCCGGACAGUCCGGCGGCCCAUACUAAGAAGCGUGAGAAGCGCGCCAACUUGUGAUACCUGCUCUGCCGGCGAAACCUAGUGUUAAGUAGAGAAAAAAUUACGGUGCCUAAAUGUAUUUAUGUAAAUAGUAAUUUUAAUUCUUAAUUUUAGUUGUAUUAUAAAGUUCUUUUUGCAUAAAAACCGA